AUGUUUCCCUUUUUUUAGAUAAAUCCUAUAAUGAAUGCCUAAGAGCAGUAUAAUAAUGUAAUAAAAUAUAGAUCAAUCAAUUUAAUGAAUAAAUUCUAAAUAGAGCAAAGUUGUUGUCUAAGAAAGUUGAAACAUACUAUCUUGAUCUCAAAAAUCAAUUACUUAUUUUUCAAACUCUAAAACUCCAAUUUAAUUUCUACUUGAUUCUCUUAACAUUCCUGCAGAAUGACCUUAGUACAAAAAAAAUAUUGAUUAAAUUCCAUUAAUCAUAUUUAGACAAAUUUUAGAAUAAUAUUCAUUUGGAAAUGGUUUAGCUAGCAGAUAAAGUAUAAAUUAAGAAAUAAUGGUGGCUUGUAAGUCUUAAAUUACUUAGCUUAUGAUUAAUUAAAUGAUUUAUAAAUUGAAAUAGAUACUAGAGUUGAAAAUUAAGUUAACAUUUUUAAAGCCCAACCUAUCAGUGCAACAGAUUUAGUUUAAUUAAUUUCUUUCCAUUUAUCAUAAACAUUUAAAGGUGCAAAUAUUAGUUUAAGUGGUUAAAAUAUGAUUGCAGAAGAAAAAACAUCAGAAUCUAAAGGAUAAAGAUUUAUAAAUUGUGAACCUAGUAAAAAUGGUGUUUACAAAUUUGGUUUUAAGGUUAUUAAAUAUGGUGGAUGGAUUGAAAUAGGUGUUUGCCAAGGAGAUAUUAUUGCUAGUAGCAAUUAUAAAUUUAACUAUACAAAUAUAGGUCAUGGGUAUACUUUUAUAAAAUAAAUGCAAAUCAUAUUUAAUAUCUAAUAAUGGCUACUCAUGGUCUCACUUGUAGAAAGAUUUAAAUUCAGCAUAUAAAUCUUUUGA